AUGUACUCUCUGUUCCUCUCGGCUGCUGCGCCCCAUGUGACCCAGGAGAGCCAAUCAGGGGACUGGGCCAGAGCAGUGCAUGCUGGGACACAGGCCAUGAUGAGGUACGGAGGGGCAGAACCAGGAGACAGAACCAUGUUGGAUGCACUGUGUCCUGCUGCAGAUGAACUGAUGAGGCUGAGCACUGCUCCCCCUGGAGGACACAUGGAGGUACUGCAGGCUGCGGCAGAGUGUGCGUCUCUGGGAGCAGCCUCGACCGCGGACCUCGAGGCCAGAGCGGGGCGAGCGAGCUACAUCAGCAGUGAGAGAGUUCACGAGCCAGAUCCGGGCGCUGUGGCCCCUCCCCCAGUCUCCCUCAGCCUCCCCCAGUCUCCCUCAGCCUCCCCCAGUCUCCCCCAGCCUCCGCCAGUCUCCCCCAGCCUCCCCCAGUCUCCCCUAGCCUCCCCCAGUCUCCACCAGCCUCCCUCUGUCUCCGCCAGCCUCCCUCAGUCUCCCCUAGCCUCCCCCAAUCUCCCUCAGUCUCCCCCAGCCUCCCCUGUCUCACCCAGUCUCCCCCUGUCUCCCCCAGCCUCUCCCAGUCUCCCCCAGCCUCCCCCUGUCUCCCCCAGCCUCUCCCAGUCUCCCCCAGCCUCCUCCUGUCUCCCCCAGCCUCCCCCUGUCUCCCCCAGUCUCCCCCAGCCUCCCCCUGUCUCCCCCAGUCUCCCCUGUCUCCCCCAGUCUCCCCAGCCUCCCCCAGUCUCCCCCAGUCUCCCCCUGUCUCCCCCAGCCUCUCCCAGUCUCCCCCAGCCUCCCCCUGUCUCCCCCAGCCUCUCCCAGUCUCCCCCAGCCUCCCCCUCUCUCCCCCAGCCUCUCCCAGUCUCCCCCAGCCUCCUCCUGUCUCCCCCAGCCUCCCCCAGUCUCCCCCUGUCUCCCCCUGUCUCCGUCAGCCUCUCUCUGUCUCCCCCAGCCUCUCCCAGUCUCCCCCAGCCUCCCCCUGUCUCCCCCAGCCUCUCCCAGUCUCCCCCUGUCUCCCCCUGUCUCCCCCAGCCUCCCCCUGUCUCCCCCUGUCUCCGUCAGCCUCUCCCAGCCUCUCCCCAGUCUCCCCCAGCCUCCCCCUGUCACACACACACUGACCAAAAGUAA